AUGUAUUUGUUAAGAUUUUAUUUAGACGAAAAUGGAAAAAGAGUUUAUACUAUUAAGCCUGUUGUUGAUGGUAAAAUAACUUUCUCAGCUCAUCCAUGCCGAUUUUCACCAGAUGAUAAAUUUUCUUCUCAAAGAAUUACGAUUAAGAAAAGAUAUAACUUACUAUAA